AAAUUAAAGUCACAUUGACAUAUGACCGUAAUCUUUUUGAUAUUUGUCGUUCCAAUAACAUUUUACGUGAUAUAUCAUUGAGUAAAAUACAUUUAUUGUACAAAAAUGGCCUUUAGAACGACAGCAGUUGCUCGCAGUGCCUUAAAGAAAUGGGCUUAUAACCUAUCUGGCUUCAACAAGUAUGGGCUUCUGCGUGACGACUGUCUUUAUGAAAAUGAGGAUGUACAAGAAGCAUUGCGUCGUUUGCCUGAACAUGUAGUCGACGAACGUAAUUUCCGUAUUGUUAGAGCAGUUCAGCUCUCAAUUCAAAAGACUGUGCUGCCGAAGGAAGAGUGGACAAAGUAUGAGGAAGAUAAGCUCUACCUAACACCCAUCGUAGAUCAAGUUAUAAAAGAAAGGCAGGAACGUGAACAGUGGGAAAAGAAUUACUAAAUUACUUGAACCUCUGGAAAUAGUGAAUUUUGUUAGCCUUAAUGGAUCCUAUUUAUUGUUUAAAAGCUCUUUGUAAUCAUCUUAUAAAACAUGUAAAAAUAGCUUAUUAUGUGCUAAUUAAAGUUGAUUACACCAAAACAAUUUAACAUCUAA